AUGGGAGACGAGGGGGAGCCCGAGUUUGAUUUCGGAAAGAAGAAGAAGCCGAAGAAGGAGAAAAAAGAGAAGAGGGACAAAGCGGACGAGGAUGAGAAAGAAGUCCAGCUUACCAGCGUGGACUGGUCGAAAGGGCCAGAGUACACCUAUCAGGAGAUGCUCGCGCGUAUGUACGAGAUCGUCGAGAACAAGUGCCCGACGCUGGGGGUAGCGAAGAAGCACGUGUUGAAGCCUCCGCAGGUGGUCCGCGUGGGCUCCAAGAGGGUGGCCUGGGUAAACUUUGCCGAGAUCUGUCAGAUGAUUAAGCGGCCAUCCGACCACGUCGUGUCCUUCGUGUUGGCGGAAUUUGGCACGGAGGGCUCGGUGGCCGGUUCUGCCACCGCGCGCGCGGAGGGAGCCGGCGCUGACGGUCAGCUGGUUUUGAAGGGCCGGUACCUGCCCAAGCACCUGGAGAGCGUGCUGCGAAAGUACAUCAAGGAUUAUGUGACCUGCCACAUGUGCAAGGGCGCCGACACCGAGCUGGUCAAGGACUCCUCGACGCGGCUCUGGGCCGUAAAGUGCAACGUCUGCGGCGCAGACCGAACGACGACGUCAAUCAAGUCAGGUUACCACUCCGUGACAAAGGCUGACCGCAGGGCAGCCAAGCAGGCUAAGGGCUGA